AUGAAGGGGAAGAAGCGGGGUCGCGUGGCCGCGCAGCAGCAGCAGCGGCUGCACCUGAAGGCCAAGGGCAUGAAGGUCUCCACAAAGCACGGCGGCGGUGGCGGCGGCGGCGGCGGCGCGGCGCACGCGACGACGCUAGAGCAGGAGAUGGACGACGAGUUCCUCCUCGAGCAAGCCGCCAAGCGGCGGCGCGCGCCGAAGCAGCGGCGGCGGCAGGGGGAGGGGGAGGGGGACGAGGAAGACGUGAUCGGCGCGGGGAUGAGCGCGCGGAUUCUUAAGGAGGCGCGCAAGCAGCAGCAGGAAGUCGCGCGGGAGAUGGAGAAAGAGCGCGGCCUCGACGGGGCCCGCGAGGCGUUCGAUCUCGCCGCGGCCGUGGCGGCGCGGGAGCGCGAGCAGGAGGAGAGGGAGGAGGAGGCGGGGGAGGAGGGGGAGGAGCGGGAACUGCCAGGCUUCCCCCCUUCCACCCAUUCUUUCCCCCGUCCGGUCUCCUCCCUCUCCAUCUGUUCCCCGUCUCGUCAUCCCCACUCCCUCCUUCCCUUCCCCCCCCCGCCCCUACUUCCCCCAACUCCCCCUCUUCCCCUACCCCACAUUUUCGCGGACGAGGUGACGGAGGAGGACGAGCGGGCGAUCGCGGUCUUCCUCGCAGGGGGAGGCGCGGCGCCACGUCAGCGCACGCUAGCUGACGUCAUCAUGGCGAAAAUCCAGGAGGCGACAGCUGGCGGGACGGCGGGGGCAGCUGCUGGCGGCGGCGAGGGGGGGGCGAGAGGAGGGGAAGGGGGGGAAGAGGGGGAGAGGCGGAUUCCGGGAGUGGAUGAGAAAGUAAUGGAGGUGUACCGAGGAGUGGGCAAGUUGCUGAGUCGUUACCGGUCCGGCAAGGUCCCAAAGGCAUUCAAGAUCGUGCCAGCACUGAGCAAUUGGGAGGAUGUGCUCUUCCUUACAGACCCUGACAGCUGGACGCCUGCUGCUGUCUUUGCCGCCACUCGUCUUUUUGCAUCGAAUCUCAACGCUCGCGCCGCCCAGAGGUUUUACCGGCUGGUGCUGUUGCCGAGAGUGCGUCGGGACAUUAGGCUUAAUAAGAAGCUGCACUUUGCACUGUAUCAGUCGCUUAAGAAGGCAGUUUAUAAGCCUGCAGCGUUUUAUAAAGGGGUGUUGCUGCCGCUGUGCCAGUCCCAGACUUGCACGCUCCGUGAGGCGGUGAUCAUAGGGAGCGUGAUUCAGAAGGUCUCGAUUCCCGUGCUACACUCAAGUGUUGCCCUGAUGAAGAUUGCAGAGAUGCAGUAUGCCGGCACAAACAGUUAUUUCAUGAAGCUUCUGCUGGACAAGAAGUAUGCCCUGCCAUAUCGGGUCAUUGAUGCAGUGGUUGGACACUUCCUGCGCUUUCGCUCUGAGACCCGCGAGCUGCCAGUAAUCUGGCACCAGUGCCUGCUCUCCCUCAUCCAAAGGUACAAGAAUGAGUUGACCCAACAACAAAAGGCUGAUAUAAAGUUUCUCAUCACCAGCCGGCAGCACCAUCACUUGCCUGAUGCUGCAAUGUUCCCGUUCUCAUCAGAUGCCGUAAUGAGUAAGUCAUGUGCUCUUCUCUCCUUUUUGUGA